CCUGCGAGCGGGGCGGCGGCGCCCACUUGGACCCGGGGUAAGGAGGCGGGCCCCCGGUUGUUCCAUCCCGAGGGUUCGCCGGCUAACGCCUAGAUUUGACAUUGAAGACAAUGCUGGCCCGGGGUCGGAGGCAGCGGCGCGAGCAGCCGAGGCGGGAGCGACUUAGGGGGUUUGCGCUUCUCCCCGGCUUGCUCCGCCCGGCCGGGCCGCGAGCCCCUGCGGCUGCACCCACCCGCGCCCGGGCGCUGAUUUAAAGCCCAGCUCCAGGCCUGCAGCUCGGACACUGCGGUGCCCGCACCGCCCGGCGAAUCCAGCUCCGGGUUUUGGGACCCGCCUGCGCGGAGAGAUUUGCUUCAGCUCCCCAGGAAUAUGAUUGAAAACAGCAUGUUUGAAGAAGAACCAGAUGUGGUAGAUUUAGCCAAAGAGCCCUGUUUACAUCCGCUAGAGCCUGAUGAGGUGGAGUAUGAGCCCCGGGGUUCAAGAUUGCUGGUGCGGGGUCUUGGCGAGCAUGAGAUGGAUGAGGAUGAAGAGGAUUAUGAGUCAUCUGCGAAACUGCUGGGCAUGUCCUUCAUGAACAGAAGCUCAGGCCUUCGGAACAGUGCGACCGGCUAUAGGCCGAGCCCAGAUGGGCCUUGCUCUGUACCCUCUGCCAGGACCAUGGGGGUUUGUGUUUUCCUCAUUGUGGUUGCCGUUUCUAUAAUCAUGGUGAUUUAUCUUCUGCCCAGAUGUACCUUUACCAAAGAAGGCUGCCAUAAAAGAAACCAAUCCAUGGGAGUAAUUCAGCCACUUGCAACAAAUGGAAAGUUGUUUCCCUGGGCACAAGUCAGGCUUCCCACCACCAUUAUGCCACUACGCUAUGAACUUAACCUACAUCCAAACCUAACCUCAAUGACAUGCAGGGGUUCUGUGACAAUUUCACUUCAGGCUCUUCAGGCCACAUGGAAUAUCAUUCUUCACAGUACAGGCCAUAAUAUUUCAAGAGUGACCUUUAUGUCAGCAGUUUCAAGUCAAGAAAAACAAGUUGAGAUCUUGGAAUACCCAUUUCACGAACAAAUUGCCAUCGUUGCCCCCGAGGCCCUUCUUGAAGGACACAAUUAUAGCUUGAAGAUAGAGUAUUCGGCGAAUAUAUCUAGUUCUUACUAUGGGUUUUAUGGAAUCUCCUACACAGAUGAAAGUAAUGAGAAAAAGUACUUUGCAGCAACUCAGUUUGAACCCCUGGCAGCAAGAUCUGCUUUUCCUUGUUUUGAUGAACCAGGAUUUAAAGCCACAUUUAUCAUCAGGAUCAUAAGGGAUGAGCAAUAUACUGCUUUAUCAAAUAUGCCUAAGAAUUCAUCAGUCAUCAUGGAAGAUGGACUUGUUCAGGAUGAGUUUUCUGAGAGUGUGAAAAUGAGCACUUACCUGGUUGCAUUCAUUGUUGGGGAGUUGAAGAACCUGAGUCAGGAUGUAAAUGGAACCCUGGUUUCUGUAUAUGCUGUACCAGAAAAGAUUGGUCAAGUUCACCAUGCCUUGGAAACAACUGUGAAGCUUCUUGAAUUCUAUCAAAACUACUUUGAAAUUCAAUACCCACUUAAGAAAUUGGAUUUGGUGGCUAUUCCUGACUUUGAAGCAGGAGCAAUGGAAAAUUGGGGUUUGCUCACUUUCCGAGAAGAGACACUUCUGUAUGACAAUAACACUUCUUCUGUGGCAGACAGAAAACUGGUUACUAAAAUCAUUGCUCAUGAACUAUCCCAUCAGUGGUUUGGUAAUCUGGUAACAAUGAAGUGGUGGAAUGAUCUGUGGCUAAAUGAAGGGUUUGCUACUUUCAUGGAAUAUUUCUCUUUGGAAAAAAUAUUCAAAGAGCUCUCCAGUUAUGAAGAUUUCUUAGAUGCUCGAUUUAAAACCAUGAAGAAAGAUUCCUUGAAUUCAUCUCAUCCGAUAUCAUCAUCAUCUGUUGAGUCUUCAGAACAGAUUGAAGAAAUGUUUGAUUCUCUUUCCUAUUUUAAGGGAGCUUCCCUCUUGUUGAUGCUGAAAACUUUUCUUAGUGAAGAUGUGUUUCAACAUGCUGUUGUUUUUUAUCUGCAUAAUCAUAGCUAUGCCUCCAUUCAAAGUGAUGAUCUGUGGAAUAGUUUUAAUGAGGUCACAAACAAAACACUAGAUGUAAAGAAAAUGAUGAAAACAUGGACCCUGCAGAAAGGAUUUCCUUUAGUGACUGUUCAAAGAAAAGGAAAGGAACUUCAUGUACAACAAGAAAGAUACUUUUUAAACAUGAAGCCUGAAAUGCAGCCUUCAGAUGCAAGCUAUCUCUGGCAUAUUCCACUAUCCUAUAUCACUGAGGGAAGAAAUUACUCAAAAUAUCCAUUGGUAUUUUUACUGGACAAGAAAUCAGGUGUCAUCAAUCUUACAGAAGAAGUGCAGUGGAUCAAAGUCAAUACAAACAUGAAUGGCUAUUAUAUUGUACACUAUGGGGAUGAUGACUGGGAAGCACUAAUCAAACAGCUGAAAACAAAUCCUUAUGUCCUAAGUGACAAAGACCGAGCCAACCUCAUCAACAACAUCUUUGAACUUGCAGGCCUAGGCAAGGUAUCUCUUCGGAGGGCCUUUGAUUUGAUUGAUUACCUUGGAAACGAGACCUGUACUGCACCCAUCACUGAAGCCCUGUUCCAGACGGGCCUCAUCUAUAACCUCCUUGAAAAGCUGGGAUACAUGGAUCUGGCCUCAAGAGUAGUGACCAGGGUAUUUAAAUUACUUCGAACCCAAAUCCAACAGCAAACCUGGACUGAUGAAGGCACCCCAUCUGCCCGAGAGCUUCGAUCACUCUUGCUCGAAUUUGCUUGCACCCACAGCCUAGAGAACUGCAGCACUGCUGCCAUGAAGCUGUUUGAUGAUUGGAUGGCAUCCAAUGGAACUCAAAGCCUACCUACUGAUGUCAUGAGUACUGUGUUCAAGGUUGGAGCAAAAACUGAGAGAGGCUGGUCAUUCCUGUUAAGCAAAUAUGUCUCUGUAGACUCUGAAGCAGAGAAGAAUAAAAUACUUGAAGCUCUUGCCAGCUCAGAGGAUGUACGGAAACUUUACUGGUUAAUGAAAAAUAGCCUCAGUGGAGAUAUCAUCCGAACACAAAAGCUGUCAUUUAUCAUUAGAACAGCUGGCCAACAUUUUCCUGGACACUUGCUGGCAUGGGAUUUUGUCAAAGAGAACUGGGACAAGCUCGUGCAGAAGUUUCAUCUGGGGUCCUAUACCAUACAAAGUAUUGUUGCUGGGUCAACGCACCUGUUUUCGACAAAGGCACAUUUGUCUGAGGUCCAGGCGUUCUUUGAAAAUCAGUCAGAGGCAACCUUUCGGCUUCGUUGUGUCCAGGAGGCUUUGGAAGUCAUUCAGUUGAACAUCCGAUGGAUGGAGAAGAACCUUAAAACUCUGACGCGGUGGCUGUAGCAUGCACAACUGCACCCCAUUUUGUUGCCCAUUCAGAGAGCUUAUUAACUUGGGCUCUGCUGCUUUUGCAAAAAGCCAAGGUGAAGCCAGAAUUGCUGCCGAGUUGUUUGCACUCUUAGGAGUUCUAGUUAGCUCAGGGCCCGUCUGUGUAGUUUUCAUCUGUCUUUUUCGAAUUGUCUUUGGGCAGUACAUAGUUAUUUAUUAUUCAGAAUUAUAUUCACCUAUAUGCCAACACCUACAAAAACAAUAAUUUUUCUACUCUGAAGAUACACAAAUAGGGGAAGAAAUCUGUUGUUUUGGCAUUCUCUUCUCUUUCUUGGUAUCCAGAAAAUACACAGUGAAACAAGGCAAGACUACCACGGGAGCCGUCAUCUUUGCAGGCUGCUGGUUUGUCAGCCAUUUGUUGCUUCUCACUGAUAGAUGUUACUUGAAUGUGGUACAAAACUUAGCUUCAAAAACUAUGGUAAUGAAGUCGAUGAAUCCUACAACUGUUAGAAAACUGAUCUCAGGUGUGCAGAUCUACUUUGGUUAGAGGUUUUGAUCAAUCCUUUAUUUUCUGAAACAAAGUUUAAAUAAGGUCUAUAACUAUUAUAUAUUUUUUUUCUGCAGAACAGCCAGGUGCUACAGAAUUUUUAAAUUUUUGUUGUACUGAAAAGCUAAGUAACAAGGACAAAAGAUUAAAUUUUCCAAAUAUUUAAUACUUAUUUUUUUCAUCUUUUAGGAAAAUGUUUCAAACUGAGUUAGCUUCAGUUACAAUUAUUUUAUUUAUGAAUUCCAGUACUCUCCAAAUCUGUACACCUUUGUCACUCCCUGCUAUAGCUAUUACCUUGUGUUAUAAAGGAAUAUGUGUACAUUUAUAGCAUUUAUGGCAAGCAUUUUGUUAAUACCGUUGUCUUUUAUCAUGACUUUAUCACUGUUACUAAAAAUACAAUUAGUUUAAGUUGCCUUUGACAUUGCCUGAUCAUAGACACUUUCUCUGAGAAUCAUAUUCAUGUGUAGAUUUUCAUGUUAUAUGAUAGCUUAUAUUAGAAGCACAUUUUAAAAUGGGGUCUUUGAGAAAUUGAGCAUUUUUAUUUAAAGUUCACCAUAGUACCUUAAAGGAAUAAAGAGAAUGUGGGAUAGGAAUAACCUGAUUCAGAUUUAAUAUGGUGGGCUUUGAAUUUUUUCUAUCUAGACAGUACUUUCUUUAGUUGAAAACCCAGUGGAUUUUUGUUUUGUUUUAUUUUGUUCUUAUCAUGGCCAAACUAACUGAUUUAAAGGGAUGGCCAAGGAGAGAAAGAAAGAAAAGGGAAGAUUUCCAAAACUGUAUGGCAUUUUCACUCCUUGUAAAGGAGAAAUACUGUACUUGAAUUUUUUGAGCUAUGCAGACUUAAUACUUAGAUCGUUGAGUUUCUUUGAUUCUUAGGGGAAAAGUUUUCUUCCUUAUAAUUUUGAGUACUUUGUAUUUUGUUUGAAAACAUCUUUCGUGUACAUAAAAAGGGUAGAUACCCAUUUGUGAGCACUUAAAACACUCCAGAGAAUCAGUGGGAAAGGUCAGCUCUUUUAAUUUAGCAGGCAUACAGUGAAAAUAUGUGGGACUGUGUAUAAAAUUAUAUUUUACUUUAUGAAAGUAUUUUUAUAUAACAAUUUAAAAUGCUGGCAUGCUAAAAGGUAGCUUUCUUUAAUCCUAAUGUGUUUCCCCCUAAUUUAGUCUUUUCUAAACAUUUACCUCUGGUUCAGAGUACAAAAUAUUAUAUCCUGAGAAUCGUAGAAUCCUCUAAAGAUGUCUUAUUGAAGCUGGGCUGAUUGUAGGUCCUUAUUCCUCUCGUGCUUCAGCAGACAAAAGAGAGUUUAGUUGAUAUUGGAAGUCAGUGUGUUUUUAUAUUUUUAGAGUGGGGAAAAAUUCUAAACUUUUGAGGGGUUUUUUGGUUGCUGGUUUUUUUUAUCAUGUUAUAUUACCGAAUUCCACUUUGAUACAGAGUUUAAAUUUUGCUACUUCUCAACAUCAGUUGAGAUUUUUCAGUUUUUCCUGCCCAUCUUUACAUUGCUCCUGGAAUGUCUGUUAACUCUGCAUAUGGCAAAUCUUGUCUUGAAUUAUAUCAUUUUCCCUGAGUGUGUGUGUGUGUGUGUGUGUGUGUGCAUGCAUGUGUGUGGACAGAGGGUGACGUUUAAGUAAAUCCCUAUCAAAGCGUGGGCUGCAAGAAGAGGUGACUUGUAAUCCAUUGCUUGCCUUGUACCCACAACCCGUCCACUCGGCGACCGCACCCCUGCUCGGCUGCCCCUCUCUGGAGGCCUCACCUCCACGUUUGUAGAUUCAGCGCCCCCCCCCCUUCACUUUCCCACGGGAUUCCGUAGUUUCCAGCACCAAGCUAACCCAUCUGUGUGGCACUUCUAAAGAUGAGCUCCGAGCCAGGAGUGCAAGGCCAAGUCACAGAGCACGAGGCGUGACAGGUACAAGCGGCUGGGGCGCCCUGGCGGCCUCCCUCUCCAGGCCCACAGCACAGCCGGGCUACUUGAACGGGACAUGGGGGGCACGUGUGCUGGGUUGUUAAGAAAGGUAAACCUGGAGAUUUGGACUCCUAGAAGAAAACCCGCACUUUGGAGGCGGAGGUGGGAAUCCAAGGAGUCCAGUGUGUUAAUGGCAGGACGUCGGAUCCUUUAAACCGCAGGUGGGUCAGCGUCCCCCCCCCCCCCCCAAGCUCGGGCCUCCCUCCUCCUCCUCCUUGUUUUCUCUGAGUCCCUGCACGUGAAACCACGUUGCUGUGGCUUAGCUGUUCCUGAACUUUCUCACCAUCACAGGUUCUGCUUACUCCUAACACUCUUGGCCGCUCAUGUUUCCAUUUUACCGUACUUCAGCAGCCGAAGAGCUGUCAGAAGAGUUCUGGGUACGUAGAGGCUGUGCAGCUGCCUCAGUCUCUCCAGGUACAGAACAGAGUCUUCUCUGAGUACCAGAAAGUAAGAAGUGAGGGUCAGGGGCUGAGUGUGUUGCAUCACCAGUGGCCUGUUACUGAGCCGUGUCCUCAGCAUCUACCUGGAACCCCAACGUGCGGUGGUCGCUCGGAUUGCUGAAUAUUCACGCAACCCCCGUUCAUUUGAUGGGACUGCAGAGAAGGUGUGUGAGCUCAGGACACACGGCAUCACCAAGUCAGCACUUCCAGGGCAGAGUUUGCAAAAUGAGGUCUGUAUUUCUUAGGUACGAUACAGCUCUUUUUCUCCCCUUUGCCUUCGUUCUUUCUUUCUUUCUUUCUUUCUUUCUUUCUUUCUUUCUCUUUUCUUUUUUCUUUCUCUCUUUUCUCUCUCUUUUCUUUCUUUCUUUCUCUCUCUCUCUUUUUCUUUCUUUUCUUUUCUUUCUUUUCUUUCUUUCUUUCUUUCUUUCUUUCUUUCUUUCUUUCUUUCUUUCUUUCUUUCUUUCAUCAGAAUGAAUUCUCUAUCUCGAGAGCUGCUUCUCUCUCCCCUCUGACUCCCCCGUUUGUACUUUAAGAAAACAAAUGUGUGUAUUUUUGCUAUGCAUUGCAUUCUUUUAUUUUGUGGUUCAUUCUCGGCUUUGGUGGUAAGUCCUGAAUGAAAAGUGGCAGCCCAAACGCAGGACAGAUCUCCUCUUGUCCCUUCCCCUCAUUGCCUGCGUGUGCAGCAGCUCUCAGAAUUAACUGAUGUCUUUAAGUGGCUUUUCGGUGGGGUAUAUACUUUCUAAAUGUGCAUAUGUAGUCUUGAUGUAUUUUUAUUUUCUUUGGGUUAUGUGCAGUUUAUUCUGAUAACGAGGGAGAUACUGUCCUGUGAUGUCUCCAGCCCUUCCCAAGUUCCUGUGUGGGCAGUGGCUACAGGUAGUGACUUGAUGUUUCUCUUUUUGGAAGUUAACGGUGAUAUUGGGCGGAGAGCAGAGUAUGUUCGUUUAAAAAUGUGUACAGAAUGUUUUUGCUGCUAUUUUGUGGGUGUUCUUUCACUUAGCACUUCAUUCAUCUUUCUCAUGGGUGUGUGGAUACCUAAUGAGCUGUGGCAGUGUGGAAGUAUGACGAAUGUCCCGUUUACCUCCUCCUUGUGGCUUGCAUGGACAGUUGUCGUUGCUCUCGUUUCGAUCGAGUCUUGGCGAGGUGGGGCUUGUGUAGCUCUCUUGCAGAUAUGUGUUAUGCUCCUUUUUUAUAUUCCAUCUUAUAUGUGUUUGCAUGUGUACAUAUGUGAAAAUCGAGGCUUAGGGUAGGACAGAUUUCCUGUUUGUCCUUUCCUUUAUUGCCUCCUUGGGUUAGUAGCUGAUGUCGUUUUGUUUUGUGGGGUGGGAGAAACUAGGGUAUGUAUUUAAUGUAUAUAAAUAGACUUUGUAUUACUACUCAUUUCGUACUGUGUCCUUCUCAGAGCACAUCAGAGUACUUAAUGAGACGUGGAGGUCCGGAUGUAUGACAAUCUCCUCUUGUCCCCUUCCCUUAUUGCCUGUGUGGGCAAUAGCUAGUAGAAUAGUUGUUGAAGUUGGGGGAGGAAGGGAGGGGGUUGGGGGAAGGGAUGUGUACAUGCUGUAUAUACCUGUUUUUACUGCCAAGUUGUAUUAUUUCAUUGGGUACCCAGACUGGAAGGUACCCAAUAAACCAUGGAGGUCCGGAUGUAUAACAAUCUCCUCUUGUCCCCUUCCCUUAUUGCCUUAGUGGGCAAUGACUAGUAGAGUAGUUAAUUAGUUUCAGGGGUCCUUUUGUGGGUUUGGGAGUAAAUACUUUUAAAUAUAUAUACAUGUUUCUACUUCCUUAUUAUAGUAUUUCACUGGGUACCCCGUCCUUCACCCGACACACAGGUCCCCAGUGAACCAUGGAGUUCUAGAUGUAUAGCAAUCUCCUCUUCUCCCUUUCCCUUUUUAUCUACGUAGGCAGUCAUUUUCAAGUAGUUUGGAUUUUUUGAAGUCUUGAG